UUUUUACUGGACCAAAAUGAAUCACCUUUCUUUCACAACUCUCUCAUAAUAACCAAAGGAAAAGGCAGAUCCAAGGUGGUAGUUAAGCUGUCAAUCUAUCAAUCAAUCACCAAUCAGUCACCUCAGAUAUAGAGAGCAAUUACCAAUCAGAAUUUUUUCUUAUAAGCCUUAGAAAAAGUAAUUAAAAGCCAUGUCCAGCUCUUCAACCUUGUCUUUGGACCUCCUCCCCUCCUCCGAGCAGCUCUGUUAUGUCCAUUGCAACAUUUGUGACACCGUCCUUGCGGUGAGUGUUCCUUGCACAAGCUUAUUCAAGACUGUUACUGUUCGAUGUGGUCACUGCACCAAUCUCCUCCCUGUCAACAUGCGUGGGUUGCUUUUGCCAUCUGCUAAUCAGCUUCACUUGGGUCACAGUUUCUUCUCUCCUUCUCAUAAUCUCCUGGAUGAGAUCCCAAACCCAACUCCAAACUUCUUGAUCAAUCAAACCAAUGUGAAUGAUUUUAGCGUUCCGGUUCGAGGAAUGGCUGAUCAUGAGCUUCCUAGGCCACCCGUUAUCAACAGACCUCCAGAGAAGAGACAGAGAGUCCCCUCUGCAUACAAUCGAUUCAUUAAGGACGAGAUCCAACGCAUCAAAGCUGGAAAUCCUGAUAUAAGUCACAGAGAAGCAUUCAGUGCUGCUGCUAAGAAUUGGGCCCACUUCCCACAUAUUCACUUUGGUCUCAUGCCAGAUCAGAUGGUGAAGAAGACUAACGUGCGCCAACAGGAAGGAGAAGAUGUUCUGAUGAAAGAUGGGUUUUUUUCUUCAGCUAAUGCUGGUGUCCCUACCCCUUACUAAGAAGAGGAGCUGCUAGUUCUCAUGUUGUUUUAGUUUUUAAUUAGUACGUACGUAGUUAUUGUAGGAGAAAGAGUUUAAGGUUAAUUAGAUGUUUCUCAAGUACUUUAACAAGUUUAAUUACUUCAUAACCUAUCUACUACUAAGGUAUUCUAAUGUGGAAAUCUAAUAUAAUACCCAUGUAUUUUCUAGAUAUUCUAUGUUUAUUUCGCUAGCAGAGACGUUUAUUA